AUGUCAGAGCGAAAGGUGAUCAACAAGUACUACCCCCCCGACUAUGAUCCGCAGGAGGCGGAGAAGCAGGUGCGCCAGCUCUCUAAGAAGCUGAAGACCAUGCAGAAAGACAGUGUUACGAUAAGAUUAAUGACUCCGUUUAGCAUACGGUGCCUGAAGUGUUCUGAGUAUAUCCCCAAAUUUCGCAAGUUUAAUGGCAAGAAGGAGGUGCUGCCGGAGAAGUACCUCGAUACCAUCAAGAUUUUUAGGCUAAGCAUCAAGUGUCCGCGGUGCUCGAGUAUGAUAUCGUUCCGGACCGACCCCAAUAGGGGUGAUUACGAGAUGGAAGUAGGCGGUGUGCGUAAUUACGUUCGCGAAGACGAGAAAUCCAACAUCAGGGCCGACGAGACAACAGAGGAGACUCUGGAUAGACUAAUGAAGGAGGAAGAGGCAAUGUCACGUGCCGAAGAAGAUAACGGAGAGGACAAACUGCAGCAGUUGGAGCUCCGGCUUGCAAAGCUCCAACAGGAGCAGGAGGAUGACGAAGUAGUGGAAGCGCUGCAGAAGGCUAGCUACCGCCGAAUGAGACGAGCCGCUACUGUUGACAGUAGCAGCGUCAGUAUUGAUGGCCCGGAACUCGAUGACAUUGAUCAAAUAGCGGAAGAGGCAUUUAAACGGAAGGCGGAAGAACAGAAGCUGAAUAAAAAUGUUCCAGAAUCCGUUCCCAGUGACGCUAAGCAUAAACCCCAAAGCAAUCCCCUGGGCAUUGUUUCCAAGAAAAAAAAAAAAUUCCGCAGGAAGUGUUAA